AUGUCUUCAUCAACAAAACCAGCAUUAGAUUUACAAGUCAAAGACAAAUUAGAGCUGACCGAUAAAGAGAAGCAAAUAUUUGAUAGGCUAUUACGAGUUGUUGAUCACUAUAAUCUACAAACACAAAUACGUGUUGCUGGUGGUUGGGUUCGGGAUAAGCUACUCGGAAAAGAUAGUAACGAUAUUGAUAUUGCAUUACACAAUAUGAUGGGAGAAGAGUUUUGUCAUAAGGUUAAUGAAUACUACACAUUGUUUAAGGGAGAAGAGAAGCAAAAGAUUGGUGUUGUUGAAUCCAAUCCUGAUAAGUCUAAACACUUACAAACAGCAAGGAUUGAGAUGUUAGGCGUACAGGUUGAUUUUGUAAACUUGAGAUCAGAAACGUAUAGCGAGAAGAACAGUCGCAUUCCUAAAGUAAAGUUUGGUUCUCCAAAAGAAGAUGCAGAUCGAAGGGAUUUGACUAUUAAUAGUUUGUUCUAUAAUAUUAAGGAGAAGUUAGUUGAAGAUUUUACUGGGCGAGGUUUAGCGGAUUUAAAAGAAGGAAAGAUUGUAACUCCUUUACAUCCAAUGGAGACAUUCUUAGAUGAUCCAUUACGAGUAUUUCGUGCUAUUCGCUUUGCUGCAAGGUUUGGUUUUGUACUUGACGAGGAGUUGGAGGAAGCUGCUGCAAGUGAUGUAGUCAGAGAUGCCAUUAAAAAUAAAAUUAGCAGGGAGCGCAUUGGUGACGAAAUCAAUCUCAUGAUGUGCAGCAAUCGUCCGGUUCAAGCAAUGAUGGAUAUCUGUAGAUUGCAGCUAUUUUGGGUUGUAUUUGCUCUUCCUGAGCCUACUAUAUCGGAAGGGUGUGACAGGCUUUGCGUUGCAUAUGUGGAUGCGGCAUGGAAUCUCUUAGAAUUAAUUGGAUGCUCGACGUUUGAUGAUACACAAAAAAGGCUUUACUUGUAUUCAGCACUUCUUCUUCCAAUUAGAGAAAGGGGAACUGCGUAUUACAUCAUUCUGGAAUCUCUCAAACGGACGAAAAGCGAUGCAGAAAUGGUUGGAAGAUUACACAGUGCAUCAGAAAGAUUUACUUCAUUGAUUCCACUGUUAGCAGACUUAACAGUGACCCCCAGUGCGCGAGUAUUGACAGGAUUGCUUUUACGGGAUAUCGAGGAUCCCCACAAGAAAAAAAAGGACAUUGAGAGGUCGAGUUUGUGGCGUGUUGCCUUGAUGAUCUCCACUUUAUUGUGCCCCAUCAAUUUUGAUCGUUCUGAAGUUUCUUCAGACGAGUACAAGCAGAUUGAAUUAGACAUGCGCGAAACAUUGUUCACAACAGUUGAAAAAGCGAUUGUGAAACUAGGUCUCGAGAACGUGUGCCACAUACCAUUGGCGGGUGGCAAAGAAAUUAUGGCAAUUUUGCAGAUUAAGGAAGGAGGAUCAAUCGUUGGUGAAUGGAAGCAAAAAUUGCUUGAAUGGCAGCUCGCGGAUCCCUGUCGUACUCCUGAGAAAUCCCUUGACUGGAUGAGAGGCUGCCUUUCAAAAUGUUCAGAGGUGGAGUGA